ACAGAGGAUCCGCACCCUUCAAGUAACCUGGGCGGAGCAUCCAACCUGGUACCGCCAUCGUUUACAUCGAAAUCUACCUCCAUAUCAGCUCCGGGGAGUGGACACCAACAUCCACUCUCAUUUUGUUCUCUGGCAAGCUCUCUGCUUUAUCGUUAUAACAUUUUGGAUUUUUGUUAGACUUUAAGCGGAAUCUUGUUUCAAAAAUGGAAGCUACAAUACCAAUUUGCAAGUCUGUUUGCUCACCUCAUGUUGGUAUGUUUAUGCCAAAAUCUAGAGCAAUCAAGAGUUCCCAAUUAAGCUUUUUAGUGGGAAAUAAACUGAAUCUUUCAAGGCAAAGGGCUCAAAAUGCUCAAGUUAGUCAUAAACAUAGGAGGCAUUGCGGGGCUCUCAAUGUGACAUGCCAAGCUGAUAAGAUCUUGGUGGCAAAUAGAGGUGAAAUUGCGGUUCGUGUAAUUAGAACUGCUCAUGAAUUGGGCAUACCUUGUGUGGCUGUGUACUCAACCAUAGAUAAAGAUGCUCUUCACGUGAAAUUGGCUGAUGAAUCGGUUUGCAUAGGUGAAGCACCAAGUAGUCAAUCAUACUUAUUGAUUCCGAAUGUGCUAUCUGCUGCUAUCAGCCGUAAAUGCACAAUGUUGCAUCCUGGAUAUGGUUUUCUUGCUGAGAAUGCAGUAUUUGUUGAAAUGUGCAGAGAACAUGGGAUCAACUUCAUUGGGCCUAAUCCUGACAGCAUUCGGGUUAUGGGUGACAAAUCGACUGCCAGAGACACAAUGAAGAAAGCAGGCGUGCCAACUGUUCCAGGAAGUGAUGGACUGUUGCAGAGCACAGAGGAAGCCAUUAAGCUGGCAAAUGAGAUUGGUUUCCCAGUGAUGAUCAAGGCAACAGCGGGUGGUGGAGGGCGUGGCAUGCGUCUCGCUAAAGAACCUGACGAGUUUGUGAAGUUGUUACAGCAAGCUAAGAGUGAAGCGGCAGCUGCAUUUGGCAAUGAUGGUGUUUAUUUGGAAAAAUACAUUCAAAAUCCUAGGCACAUUGAGUUCCAGGUUCUUGCGGAUAAAUAUGGUAACGUUGUUCACUUUGGAGAGCGUGAUUGCAGCAUCCAGAGGCGAAAUCAGAAAUUGUUGGAAGAAGCACCUUCUCCUGCAUUAACCCCAGAGUUGAGGAAGGCAAUGGGUGAUGCUGCAGUCGCAGCAGCUGCAUCCAUAGGUUACAUUGGUGUGGGAACGGUAGAAUUCCUCUUGGAUGAAAGGGGUUCCUUCUACUUCAUGGAGAUGAAUACCCGUAUCCAGGUUGAGCAUCCUGUGACAGAAAUGAUUUCCUCUGUUGAUUUAAUAGAAGAGCAAAUUCGUGUAGCCAUGGGAGAAAAACUUAGAUACAAACAGGAAGAUAUUGCACUUCGAGGUCAUUCCAUUGAAUGCCGUAUAAACGCUGAAGACGCUUUCAAGGGAUUCAGACCAGGGCCAGGGAGAAUAACAGCAUACUUGCCAUCUGGAGGUCCUUUUGUGAGAAUGGAUAGUCAUGUUUAUCCUGAUUAUGUGGUUCCUCCUAGCUAUGACUCCCUGCUCGGAAAGCUAAUUGUAUGGGCUCCAACAAGGGAUAAAGCGAUUGAGCGAAUGAAGAGGGCACUAGAUGACACUAUCAUCACAGGGGUCCCUACAACAAUUGAUUACCAUAAGCUUAUCCUUGACAUUGAGGAUUUUAGAAAUGGCAAGGUUGAUACGGCUUUUAUUCCAAAGCAUGAGCAGGAGUUGGCUAUGCCGCCCCAGAAGAAUGUACUACCUAACACAGCCAAAGCACUUGCCGGCGCAACUGCGUGAAGCCACUGCCUUAAAGAAUUUGUUGUAACCAUUUAUUCCUGCAUGUGAAAGUUUAACGAGAUUUUGUUCAGUCUCGGUUCAAUUCAUUGCUGACAUUAUGCUGUAAAAUUUGUUGAAUUUCGUGUCUGAUUACUUGAUUGCAAGGAACUGGAAUUAUAUGGUUGCAGCUUUGUUCCAAAUU